UUUACCGGAAGAACGUAUGGACAGGGAUGAUGGAGCAACAAGUUAUUUACUUUGUGUUGUUGCAAUUACUUAUUGUAACAUCUGAAAGUUUUAUAUUUGGUUUCUGUUCUGGGUUGAGCCAAGAGAAUCUGGACUUUGACGGCAUUCUUCCGGAAAAUCCCAAAGAUUAUGAUAGGCUUCAACCACCCAAGGAAAAUGGAGAACCAACAAUUGUUAGCUUCCAUGUUACUGUACUGAGUCUGGAUUCCGUUGAUGAAGGAUCAAUGACCUACGUGGCAGAUAUUUUUAUGUCCCAGAGUUGGAAGGACUACCGAUUAAGACUCCCAGAAAACAUGACAACAUAUUACCGUCUCCUGCCUGUAAGUUGGUUAAAACAAAUGUGGAGACCAGACUCUUUCUUCAAGAACGCUAAGAAAGUCACUUUCCAAGAAAUGACCAUUCCCAAUCACUACAUCUGGCUGUACUACGAUAAAACCAUUCUCUAUAUGGUGAAGCUAACUCUGCUGUUAUCCUGUGCAAUGAAAUUUGAAACUUAUCCACAUGACACUCAAACGUGCUCAUUAAAAAUUGAAAGUCUGUCUUACACUACCGAUGAUCUUGUGUUUGACUGGGAGAAACAUGUUCCGCUAGUGGUGGAUGAAUCUAUUGAACUACCUCAGCAUAACUUGGUAGAAACUAAGCUAGGAGAUUGUUCUCAAAUAUAUUCAACAGGGAACUUCACGUGUAUUAAAAUUAGCUUUACUCUGAAACGUCGGGUGGGGUAUUACAUGUUUCAUACCUACAUUCCCACAUGUUUGAUCGUCAUCAUGUCCUGGAUCUCUUUCUGGAUCAGACCUGAAGCUGUUCCUGCACGUGUGACUCUCUGUGUCACAAGUCUAUUGACUCUGUCUACUCAACAUGCGCAGUCGCAGAAGUCACUUCCGCCUGUGUCGUACAUUAAGGCCAUUGACAUUUUCAUGAUUUCAUGCACGGUGUUCGUAUUUGGCUCUUUAAUGGAAUAUGCCUUAGUUAAUAUCCUAAUGGGAGAAGCAGAAGAUUCAGCAGUGAAAAGAGGGUUGGCUAAUGUCAUGGCGAUAAGCAAAGUUUCGGAAGGAGAACCGCUCCCCAACGGAACAAGGAGAGUGAGUUUUCCUGUUAUGCAACGUAAAAGAGAACAGGCCCUUCUGAUUGAUAAAGUUUCUCGCGUGGCUUUUCCCUUGUUGUUUCUGGUGCUCAAUGCUAUCUACUGGACAGUGUUUCUUAAUUCCUCACCAGAAUAACCAUCGCUCAACGGUUGACAAAACUCCAUUCUUUAAAAACAAAAACCUUGAGGUUCAGCUGAUUACAAUAGACUUUGUGAACUUUCCAUGAUUUGUAUCAUUAUAAAUAGAUCUUGGAAAUUAAGUUUUGGUAGGUUUAGAUGCGCGAUCUCAAAAUUAUACACAUUUCAAGAGGUUUCCUUAAUUGCAGUUGAACAAGUAAGCAAAGAAAGGCCUUAAUGAAUUGAAUCAAGAGUAAUUUGAACGAUAUUUAAACAUGAUUUUUUUUAUCUUUGUUCUCCAACUAAUUAUACAUUUAAUUUCUAAGACUUCCCUCACAGCUUAGAACGUUCUACUUAAAUAUAUGGAGAUAUAACCACCUCAACUUCUCGGUAUAACUUCUUGUUGACCAAAGUAAUAGGCAACUUACAGUUGUAUCAAAAUGAUAAUCAACUGUAUAAAAAACAACCUUUCUUCAUGAAGUUACUUUCAUUUAAUAUUGAUGCUCACUACAAGAGUGUAAUCAAACUAUUUACUACUCACUACUAGAGUGUAAUCCAACGAUUUACUAAGCGCUACUAGAGCGUAAUACAACUAUUUACUUCUGAUUUACUAUCACCCUUCAUCUUCAACAUACUCGGUUUAGAGUUUUGAUUAUGACAAGACAACAAAUCCAAUAAAACAGUGUACAGGAAUUCGAAAACUUAUACGACUAGAAUUAUCAGAACUGCAGCUUUUCAUUGUUGAUGGUAGAAAAGGCGGCAAAAAUCAUCGUAAGCACAAUCAGUAAUCGAGCACAGUUGAUUAUAGAACAGAAUAUACAUUAUGACAUAUAGAUCCUUCAUAAAAAGAUAUAAAAAAUUGUUAAAAGUUGCAAAAAAUCCAAAAUAUUCGUUUAUGCAUGUGAAACAUAUACUUAACUGUUAAAUUUGCUAUAAAUCUCUAGAUUUGCACAAUUGAAAAUAAUGAUCAAUAAUGAAAGUAUAAAGUAUAAGGAUUUUAAUCUAUUCUCUUAAAUUACUGACUAAAUAUCGCUAACUGUAUCAUUUGAAAUACAUUACUUAAAACAUCAGAUACAUUACAAUGCUAUAAUGUUUAACUUUAAUUAUUGUAGGAUUAAAUGUAUGUUUUUGGUAUCAUGAUAUAAACCAUCACGCCUUUAAAAAAUGGUUAACCUUGUGGAACAGUUAAAGUAAUCUUGAAUUAUCAUAGACAAAAAAUAAGGUACACAUGAUCUGAUAAACCUUUUUAUGAUUUUAACCAUUAUUAUACCAGGUUGUGAAAAUAAUUAAUAAUAUAACGGUACAGUUUUAUAUUAAACUUUGUUUGUAACUGAGUUAUUGUUCUUUUAUAGUACAAAAAGAUGUCUGCUUUCAUACUAAUACACGUAGUAACUUAAAUUUUUGUACGUUUAAGGCUUGAGGGUUUAUAGGUGGCUGAUAUAAAAGCAUUUCAACUAAUAAUCUGUAUUCUGGCCUAAUUAGUUCUGAUUUUGAUAGAGAAGCUUUGUCGGCAGCGGCAUACACAAGAACAAAGUAUAGGUGAAAUACUGUUAUAAACUCUUCUCACUGAAAACCCACAUAGAGCCAGUAAAGUAUAUCGCAAUUUAAAUUAUCAACCGGCUUUUUGACAUGCUCUGCUAUCUAAGGGUUUCUACUCACUAAGACUUGUAUCAGUUCAUAAUAUAUGUCUCUUAUGUAGCAAAAAAAUAUUUUCAAUUUUCAACAAGUACUUGAAAAACAACAUAUUUUACAUGAGAUUUUACCAUUGA